AACUGUGUCCACACGAAUUCAACAGGCAAACAUUGAGACGCCAGUGUAAAGUCGGCACACCAACAAAUACCAAGAAAUAUUACCAAAACAAAAAACAGCAAACUCAAAUAACGAUAAGUAAUACUUAUAAAUACAUAACAUUUGAUAAAUGUACAUAUUAAAUCGCAUAUAAACUUAAAUGUUUAAUCCAGUGACAUAACACAGUGUUAUCUUAAACUUGAUUAGAUUAAAUAAGCGCCAAAUCAUUUGAAAUUAUAUAUAAUUCACAGUUCACACUCAUUAUUACUGCACAAGUAGUGUUUUCAUACUUAUUCUACGUGCGAUGUGAAAUAUGAAUAUAAGCGACUAAGUUCAAAAUGUUUUUCUUAAUAUUGUCGUGGGUAAUUAUACUCGCAAUUGUUGGAACUUUAGCUUGGAUACCCUAUUACAAAUGGCGGGAUUCACACAUACCAUUUCUAAAAGGACCCUACAAUUAUCCAUUUUUGGGAAUUCUGUAUCAUUUCAAAGAUACAAAAAAUCUUUUUAAGAAAAUGACAGAGUUUCACAAUGAAUACGGCAAAAACUAUCGCGGUUAUUUUAUGAACGAACUUAACAUUAUAACUAAAGAUGUCGAUUUAAUAGAAUUCGCCGUGACAUCUAAUAAAACCAUUGACAAGGGAACUGCUUAUCGUUAUCUCAACAACUGGUUGGCAACUGGUUUAUUAACCAGUGGCGGAGACAAAUGGCGCAAACGUAGGAAAAUGAUUACACCUGCGUAUCACUUCAAAAUUCUGGAUCAGUUCAUUGAAAUGUUUGAUAGGAAUGGUAACAUUAUGGUGCAGAAACUACGCGGGGAGGUUGAUAAGCCCGAAACAAAUAUUUUCCCAUUUGUGAAUCUAUGCGCGUUGGACACAAUUUGUGAAACUGCAAUGGGAACACAAGUUAAUGCCCAGUUGAGCGCUGAUUCGGAAUUUGUUCAAGCCACAAAAGAAAUGAAUAGAAUUGUAAUGGUUCGUGGUUUUGAUUUUUUCAAAGCCAUGGAUUGGAGUUAUCAAUUUACUGAAGAUUAUCAAAAAGAAAACACACUAAAAGUCUUGCAUGGAUACACUAUGAAAUUAAUUAAGUCCAGGAGAAAUGAGCUACUAAAAUUACAAGCUGAGCAACAAAAUAAUAAAGACGGAGAUGAAUUUGAAACCAAAAGAAAAGAUAACUUUUUGGAUUUGUUGUUAAAAUCAAGCAUCAAUGGACAACCUUUAAGUAAUGAGGAUAUUCAAGAAGAGGUUGAUACAUUUAUGUUUGAAGGUCACGACACUGUCAGUUCUGCAAUUAGUUUUGCAUUGUAUUUGAUCUCAAAUCAUCCAGAAGUUCAAAAACAAUUAAUAGAAGAACAGAGGCAUAUUUUUGGAUCAAAUCCACAUCGUCCAACUACAUUAGCAGAUCUUCAAGAAAUGAAAUACUUGGAAUUGGUAAUCAAGGAAACUUUAAGGAUAUAUCCAUCAGUUCCAAUGAUUGUUAGAGAAGUCACUGAAGAUUUGACUUACAGUGAUUGGAAUUUGUGUAAAGGUACACAAAUUGUAAUUUACACCUAUGAACUUCAUCGAGAUCCAGCUGUGUUUCCGGAUCCAGAAGAAUUUCGUCAACGAUUUUUACCUAGUAACAUACAAGGACGUAAUCCUUUUGCUUAUAUCCCUUUCAGUGCUGGGCAUAGAAAUUGCAUCGGACAGAAGUUUGCUAAUUUAGAAAUGAAAUCAACUAUAAGUAAAGUUGUUCGUAACUAUGAACUAUUCCCGUUGGUACCUAAACAUACACCGUUCAUUUUAUCAGAAGUGAUCUUGCGUUCUGAUAACGGUGUAAUGUUGAAACUUAAAAAUAGGGUUUGCAUUACAAAGUGUUUAUUCACUUUUCCAAAGAAAAUGAUCGCGGAACUAUUAAUAAUCUUCCUGAUAGUGAUUACGCUUGCGUGGUUUCCAUACUAUGCGUGGUGUGACAAACAUUUAAAAUCAAUUAGAGGACCAACCCCCUUGCCAUUUAUUGGUACUUUUCGACACUUUUUUGCAGUUCCUACAAUUUUCUUUCAGUUCUUUAAAGAACUCUUUGAGACCUAUGGAAAAACUUUCAAAGCUUACAUUUUAACGGAGCAAACGCUUAUAACAAUGGAUACAGAGUUUAUUGAAUUCAUUGCGACGCGUAGUCAAGCUAUAAAUAAAUCACGAGCAUAUAGUUAUUUGCAUAAUUGGCUAGGACAAGGAUUACUCACUAGUAGUGGUCAAAAAUGGAGAUCUCGAAGGAAGAUGAUUACUCCUGCAUAUCACUUUAAAGUUUUGGAUCAAUUUUUGGAAGUUUUUGAGCGCAAUGGCAACAUAAUGAUUGAAAAACUAUCACAGGAAGUGGGAAAUUACCAAACUGACAUAUUUCCCUAUAUUAAUUUAUGUGCUCUUGAUACUAUUUGUGAAACAUCUAUGGGAACACAAGUAAAUGCACAAAUUAAUAAGGAAUCUGCGUUUGUUCAAAGUACGAAGAAAAUGAAUCGGAUUAUGGUGUCGCGAACUUUUUCUUUGUUGAAAACUUUUGAUGCAACUUAUGCUUACACUAAAGAUUAUCAAAUUGAAAAAGAUGCGUUGAAAGUACUUCAUGGAUAUACCAUGAGUGUAAUUAAAUCCAGACGUGAAGAAUUAGCAAAUAGACAAAUGAAAGAUACUUCUAAAGAUGCACAUGAUGAUCAAAUUGGAAACAAAAGAAAAGAUAAUUUUCUUGAUAUUUUACUUAAAAGUACUGUUGACGGUGCUUUGUUGAGUGAUGAAGAUAUCAGGGAAGAAGUGGAUACUUUUACAUUUGAAGGUCAUGAUACAGUUAGUUCCGGAAUGAGUUUUGCUUUGUAUGCUAUUUCUAAUCAUCCAGAAAUACAACAGCGCUUGAUUGAGGAACAACGAAGUAUAUUCGGAAACAAUCCGAAACGAGCUACCACUUUAAAUGAUAUUUCAGAAAUGAAAUACUUGGAAAUGGUUAUUAAGGAAGCGAUGCGUUUAUAUCCACCGGUUCCUUUUAUGGGACGUGAAAUUAGUGAAAAUGUAACAUAUAAAGAUAUGCAAUUGAGGAAAGGCGUACAAAUUAUGAUUUUUGUAUUUGAAUUACAUCGGGAUGCAAGUAACUUUCCAGAUCCUUUGAGGUUUGAUCCAGACAGGUUUCUUCCUGAGAAUCAAGUUGGACGUCAUCCUUACGCUUACAUUCCGUUUAGUGCUGGACACCGUAAUUGUAUUGGACAGAAGUUUGCCAUGUUGGAAAUGAAAUGUACUGUUGCAAAAGUUUUACGAAAUUACGAGCUAAUGCCUUUAACUCCUAAGCAUGAACCUAUGUAUUUGCCAGAAGUUAUUUUACGGUCUGAAAACGGAGUACUGUUGAAUUUAAAAUUACGUCAUUGGUAAUGUAGUUGGUAUAAAAGGGUAAUUUUAGUUUUGAACUAUUAAUGAUUCUUAAAUAAAAAGUUUAUUUAAUAUGGC